AUGGAUCAAGGAACGGAGCCCGAUACACCGGUGGAAGCAUUGAAGGUGCUUCCGACCAAUACACACAAGAGCUGGGUGAAAGACCGUGGGCUACGGCGACUGAACUUAGGGAUCGCACUCAUGUUCGCUUCGUCCGCUGGCACUGGGUAUAAUGGAAGUCUCAUUAAUGGAUUGCUCGUCUUACCUCAAUUUUCGACCAUCAUAGGAGGUCUCAACCCGAACAUCGUCGGUCUUAUCAUCGGAGCUACUUCUCUGGGGGCUUUCAUAUCAUUCACACCAGCGUCAUAUGUGGCGGAUAAUUUUGGGAGAAAGUGGUGUGUCUUCGUUGGAUCAUCGAUUGUGAUCCUGGCAUCUAUUCUUCAAGUCGCGACCUCAACUCACUGGGCCUUCUUUGCUCUUCGUGUCCUGGCUGGUGCGGGAGUUGGUACGUCUCAGACUGCUGCACCGCUGUUGGCAACUGAGAUUGCGCAUCCUCGGCACAGACAAGUGGCCACGGCAUUAUACAACACCUUCUGGUGUGUCGGUUCGAUCACCUCGGCUGCGUUCACGUUUGCUACACUAUUGAUGCAUAGUAGCUGGUCGUGGAAGAUCCCAUGUGUGCUGCAGGCCUUCUUCCCCGUGGUUCAGUUGAUAGGUCUUCUCAUUGUGCCCGAGAGCCCUCGAUGGCUGGUGUCCAAGAAUCGUAAGAAUGAGGCAUUGAAGGUUCUGGCCCGUUACCAUGCCAAUGGCAAUGAAGACGACAUGUUAGUGCAGAAUGAAUUCGAGAAAAUCUGCAUCAGCAUCAAUGACGAGACUAGCGAGCCUCGGAACUGGAGCUCGUUUUUCUCAUCCAAGGGCGACCGACAUCGCCUGGCAAUCUGCGUCAUUGUUGGACUUAUGCAAGAGUGGGCUGGAAACGGCAUCGUUUCCUUUUACCUGGCACCGAUUCUAAAGUCAGUCGGGAUCGAUAAUGCGUCAGACCAAGCAUCCAUCAAUAUCGGUAUGCAAGUGUGGAAUUUGAUCCUCUCGUCUGCUGGAGCAAUGGCAUCAGAACGAUAUGGCCGGCGCAUUCUGUGGUUGCUGGCGACAGCAGGAAUGCUCAUGUUUCUUUCGAUCACAACCCUUGUUGCCGGUCUUUUCGCAGAACUAUACAUCAAAGCCGCGGGGCUGGCCGUGGUUCCGAUGCUUUUCCUCUUCUUUGCCUGUUUUGAUCUCGCCUAUUCGCCAUUGUUCCUUGCGUACCCGGCAGAGAUUCUGCCUUAUCAGCUUCGCGCAAAAGGAAUUGCAGUCACGCUCUCGGUCGAUGCCAUUGCUUGCUUCUUUAAUCAAUAUGUGAACCCGGUCGCAUUCUCGGCUAUCCAGUGGAAGUAUUACAUUGUGUAUAUCGGCUGCCUGACUUUCUUCCUGGUAUCGGUAUAUUUUCUGUUCCCGGAGACCAAGGGUCGAUCCCUGGAAGAGGUGUCACGAAUCUUCGACAGCCGGGAAAUCCAGGGUAUGGAAAUCAGGGAUGCCAGCACGAGCACCGACGAGAAAGACGAUGGCGAACAGGACCGGAAGUUCUCGAGAUAG